CUCUAUCAAACUGCUUUUUUCAUGAUUUGAAAUCCAGGAAUUGCUAAAUACAGAAUUAUAGGUCUGCUCUCAUAACUGUAUAUUUUUAUUUCUUUCCUUUUUCAUAUAAAGAUAACACAGAGACUCCUAGAUACCAGAACAUGGGUCCAAAAUCUAAGACGCGGUCAACAAAACCUUAUCAGGCUUCCGAUAAUAUGAAGACUCCGAAACGAUCCAUCCUUGCAUCGAAAGCUCGGCACACACCAGGAGGCAAAAACAGAGUCAAAUUUUCUGUUGAUAGUCCUGAUAAUUCUCGCUUACUAAGACACAGUCAGUGCAUUGAUGAAAAUAUCGCUCCACUUCCGAAACCUUUGCUCGGAUAUGAUUGGAUUGCUGGAGUCGUAGAAAUGGAUAGUCUGCCGAGAUCUUCGGGCGGGGUUUCAGCUGUUGUUACUCAGGAUUUUAUCAAUGAAAUUGAUGAGUUUCGAAAAACGAAUCGGGAUGAAUGCAGUGGAAAAGUCGAAAAUGCAAAUGAGAAAUAUUUAACUCCGAUUAAACCAAGAAAAAAAUAUCCAAUCUCUCCAGAUCCUGCUGAUACGCAAGACUCUAGAAUUCUGGAUUACACAGUCAACUCUCGACUUUACCCUGUACCUGUUGAUCCCAGCAUCAGUGUUCACCCUGGUACAAAAACAUCACCUCGUUUUAUCCGAAUUAGCGUUCCUAAAUCUGUCUUAACAACUCCAAAUAAAUUUAAACGUUCCAUUCCAAGAUCCACCAAUUCUGAUUCCAUGGCUUUACAUGACCAUUGCAUGCAAGGCAGAGAAUAUUCUCUACCAUCAAGAAACAGAGUGCCAAAGCCAAAGUUGUCUUCACAUUUGGAUCUUAAAGCUUCUCUUUUACCAGAUCCGAGUAAACGAGUACGAAACGUUGGUGCACUUCACUCAACAAUUGUGAACGUUCCACAAUCACUCUCUGGAUCAUUUCAUGACCCAUCUUAUCAUUUUAUGUAAAGUAAAUUCAUCAUAAUGAAUAAAAUUUCUUAGUACAAAAUAUUUUUUUGGUGCUGCUUCGGUUUGCGAUUUUAGUUAGUGUUAGGGACUGAAUUCGAUGUGAAUGUCUUCAUGAGAUUAUACGCAAUUGUGGUGCCAUUUUUGUAUACAAUUGAGAUCACAGUAACCAAGUGAGAUUGCGUACCAAAGUGGCAUCGAUUUUAUAUAACUAAGUUAUGUGUUUUGUCUAUUUUUUUGAAUUGUUGCUGCUAAUUCAUAGAAACUGUAUUUUGUAAUUUGAUCUUGUUGUCAUUUAUUUUUUUAUCCAUAUGUGAUAUUAUAUAUCUGUAUCAAGCUAUUUUAAUAUGUAUUUUUAG